AGAGGAUUGAAGCUGAGGACAGUCAGCUGUCUGAGAUACGGCGCUAAAGACUUCUCCACCUGGACUUUCACAUUCACGACCAUGGGAUUUAUCCGGGGAUAGCGCGGUGUGGAACUUAACGUCUGUUCGCCCAGUCUCUCGCAUCUUGUUCUUUCGUCGUUCUCCUUUGCGCCAGGUGCUGUGGGAGGAGGGCAGCCAUGUCGGACAAGAUGUCCAGCUUCCUCCACAUUGGGGACGUCUGCUCCCUGUAUGCCGAGGGAUCCACCAGCGGCUUCAUCAGCACUCUGGGGCUGGUGGAUGACCGAUGUGUGGUGCAGCCGGACACCGGGGACCUCAACAACCCACCCAAGAAGUUCAGAGACUGCCUGUUCAAACUGUGUCCUAUGAAUAGAUACUCGGCACAGAAGCAGUUCUGGAAGGCGGCGAAGCCGGGCGGCAACAGCACCACAGACACCGUGCUCCUCAACAAACUCCACCACGCUGCAGACUUGGAGAAGAAACAGAACGAGUCAGAGAACCGCAAGCUGCUGGGGUCUGUCAUUCAGUAUGGCAACGUCAUCCAGCUGUUACACUUGAAGAGCAACAAGUACCUGACCGUGAACAAGCGUCUGCCAGCGCUGCUGGAGAAGAACGCCAUGAGAGUGACUCUGGACUCGGCCGGCAACGAGGGCUCCUGGUUCUACAUCCAGCCCUUCUACAAGCUGCGCUCCCUGGGGGACAGCGUGGUGAUCGGAGAUAAGGUGGUCCUCAACCCUGUGAACGCUGGGCAACCCCUGCACGCCAGCAGCCACCAGCUGGUGGAUAACCCAGGAUGCAAUGAGGUGAACUCGGUGAACUGCAACACCAGCUGGAAAGUGACGCUCUUCAUGAAGUGGAGUGACAAUAAGGAGACCAUCCUGAAAGGGGGCGACGUGGUGCGGAUGUUCCAUGCGGAGCAGGAGAAGUUCCUGACGUGUGACGACCACAGGAAGAAGCAGCACGUUUUCCUCAGGACCACCGGCCGCCAGUCAGCCACCUCCGCCACCAGCAGCAAAGCACUCUGGGAGAUCGAGGUGGUCCACCACGACCCGUGCCGCGGGGGGGCGGGCUACUGGAACAGCCUGUUCAGGUUCAAACACCUGGCCACCGGCUGCUACAUGGCUGCAGAGGUGAACCCAGACUUUGAGGAGGAGCCUGCCGAGCAGAGGUCCUCAGUGGCGGACUUUACACCUUUUAACUUCCAGCUGGACACGGAUCACGAGGCCCUGCGUGCCCGUCUCCGGGCGCCCCAGGGGAAGGUGAUGUACACGCUGGUGCCCGUCCCCGAUGGCAUGGAGAUCUCCUCCAUCUUCGAGCUGGACCCCACCACCCUGAGGGGAGGGGACUCCAUGGUGCCCAGGAGCUCGUACGUGAGGCUGAGGCACCUGUGCACCAACACGUGGGUGCACAGCACCAACAACCCCAUCGACAAGGAGGAGGAGAAGCCUGUCAUGUUACGGAUUGGGACCUCGCCAGUGAAGGAGGAUAAAGAGGCGUUUGCCAUUGUGCCCGUGCCGCCCGCUGAAGUGCGUGAUCUAGACUUCGCCAACGAUGCCAGCAAAGUGUUGGCUUCUAUUGCCGGGAAGCUGGAGAAGGGGACAAUCACUCAGAAUGAGAGGAGGUUUGUGACCAAGCUGCUGGAGGACUUGGUGUUCUUCGUGGUGGACAUCCCCAACAGCGGGCAGGACGUCCUGGAGAUCAUGGUGAACAAGCCCAACAGGGAGAGGCAGAAGCUCAUGAGAGAGCAGAACAUCCUCAAACAGAUCUUCAAGCUCCUCCAGGCCCCGUUCACGGACAGCGGGGACGGCCCCAUGCUGCGGCUGGAGGAGCUGGGGGACCAGAGGCACGCCCCCUUCAGGCACAUCUGCCGGCUCUGCUACCGCGUUCUGCGCCACUCCCAGCAGGACUACCGCAAGAACCAGGAGUACAUCGCUAAGCAGUUCCGCUUCAUGCAGAAGCAGAUCGGCUACGACGUGCUGGCCGAGGACACCAUCACGGCCCUGCUGCACAACAACCGCAAGCUGCUGGAGAAACACAUCACCGCCGCCGAGAUCGACACCUUCGUCACCCUGGUGCGGAAGAACCAGGAGCCCAGGUUCCUGGACUACUUGUCGGAUCUGUGUGUGUCCAUGAACAAGUCCAUCCCUGUGACCCAGGAGCUGAUCUGCAACGCCGUGCUGGACCCGGCCAACGCAGACAUCCUCAUAGAGACCAAGUUGGUCCUGUCCAGGUUUGAGAUCGAGCCAGCCGCCAUCGGAGAGAGCCCCUCCCUGGAGGCAGAGGACGAGGAGGAGGUGUGGCUCUUCUGGAAGGACCCCUCUAAGGAGGUGCGCAGUAAGAGCAUCAGGGAGCUGGCCCAGGACGCCAAGGAGGGGCAGAAGGAGGACCAGGAGGUGGUCAGCUACUACAGGUACCAGCUGAACCUGUUUGCCAGAAUGUGUCUGGACCGCCAGUACCUGGCCAUCAACAAGAUCUCGGGCCAGCUGGACGUGGACCUGAUCCUGCGCUGCAUGUCCGACGAAGACCUGCCCUUUGACCUGCGCGCCUCCUUCUGCCGCAUGAUGCUGCACAUGCACGUGGACCGCGACCCCCAGGAGCAGGUCACGCCCGUCAAGUACGCCCGCCUCUGGUCUGAGAUCCCCUCCAAGAUCGCCAUCGACGACUACGACAACGACGGAACGACCAGGGAUGAGAUCAAGGAGCGCUUCUGUCUCACCAUGGAGUUUGUGGAGAACUACCUGAGGGAGGUGGUGUCCCAGAACAUCCCCUUCAACGACAGGGAGAAAAACAAGCUCACCUUUGAGGUGGUGAACCUGGCGAGAAACCUCAUCUACUUUGGGUUCUACAACUUCCGAGACCUGCUGCGUCUGACCAAGAUCCUGCUGAACAUCCUGGACUGUGUCCACGUCAGCACCAUCUACCCCAUCACCAAGCUGGAGAAGGAAGAGGAGGAGACCAAAGCAGGCAGCAACGUGAUGAAGUCCAUCCACGGCGUGGGGGAGCUGAUGACCCAGGUGGUGCUGCGUGGCGGGGGCUUCCUGCCCACCACGCCCACCCACCAGCCGGAGGGAGACGUGGUCAAGGCUCAGAUCGAGCCCGAGAGGGAGGACAUCAUGGUGAUGGACACCAAGCUUAAGAUCAUCGAGAUCCUACAGUUUAUCCUGAAUGUGCGCCUGGACUACAGGAUCUCGUGCCUGCUGUGUAUUUUCAAGCGUGAGUUUGACGAGAGCAACCCCCAGGGAGACAACAGCACCAGCCAGGAUGGGGUCAACCCCCUGACAGGUAAUCUGGACUUUGAGAACAUUGAAGAACAGGCUGAAGGGAUCUUUGGUGGAAGUGAGGAGAACACCCCCCUAGACCUGGACGACCACGGGGGCCGCACCUUCCUCAGGGUGCUGCUCCACCUCACCAUGCACGACUACCCCCCGCUGGUGUCCGGCGCGCUCCACCUCCUCUUCAGACACUUCAGCCAGAGGCAGGAGGUGCUCAUGGCCUUCAAACAGGUCCAGCUGCUGGUGACCAGCCAAGACGUGGACAACUACAAGCAGAUCAAGUCGGACCUGGACCAGCUGCGCUCCAUCGUGGAGAAGUCUGAACUCUGGGUCUACAAGAGGCAGGGGGAGGACGGGAACGAUGGCGACGGGCCUGCAGAGUCCGACCACAAGAAAAAGGGAGACUCAAGUGGAUCAGACAAAAAGAAGUCGGAGAGCGCCAGCUGUUACAACUACAGAGUCGUCAAGGAGAUCCUGCUGCGCCUCAGUAAGCUGUGUAUCCAGGAGGGGGCAUCGGGGAAGAAGACCAGGAAGCAGCAGCAGAGGUUACUGAGGAACAUGGGGGCUCACAGCGUGGUACUGGAGCUCCUGCAGAUCCCCUAUGAGAAGGGUGAGGAUGUGCGCAUGGAGGAGAUCAUGAAGCUGGCUCAUGAGUUCCUGCAGAACUUUUGUGCGGGGAACCAGCAGAACCAGAUUCUCCUUCACAAACACAUCAACCUGUUCCUCAACCCCGGGAUCCUGGAGGCGGUGACCAUGCAGCACAUCUUCAUGAAUAACUUCCAGCUGUGCAGCGAGAUCAACGAGCGCGUGGUGCAGCACUUUGUCCACUGCACCGAGACGCACGGCCGCAACGUGCAGUACCUCAAAUUCCUGCAGACCAUCGUCAAGGCGGAGAACAAGUUCAUCAAGAAGUGCCAGGAUAUCGUGAUGGCCGAGCUGGUGAACUCGGGAGAGGACGUGCUGGUCUUCUACAACGACCGCGCCUCCUUCCAGACGCUGGUGCAGAUGAUGCGCUCGGAGCGCGGCCGCAUGGACGAGAACAGCGCGCUGAUGUACCACAUCCACCUGGUGGAGCUGCUGGCCGUCUGCACCGAGGGCAAGAACGUCUACACCGAGAUCAAGUGCAACUCCCUGCUGCCGCUGGACGACAUCGUCCGUGUGGUCACCCACGAGGACUGCAUCCCCGAGAUAAAAGUUGCCUACAUCAACUUCCUCAACCAUUGCUACGUGGACACAGAGGUGGAGAUGAAGGAGAUCUACACCUCCAACCACAUGUGGAAGCUCUUCGAGAACUUCCUGGUGGAUAUCUGCAGGGUGUGCAACAACACCACGGACAGGAAGCACGCGGACACCAUGCUGGAGGGUUACGUCACCGAGACGGUCAUGAGCAUCGUCACGUGUUUCUUCAGCUCGCCGUUCUCCGACCAGAGCACCAGUCUGCAGAUGGCUCAUCAUUUGUAUACCCGCCAGCCAGUGUUUGUCCAGCUGCUACAGGGGGUCUUCAGGGUGUUCCACUGCAACUGGCUCAACCCUGUCCAGAAGGCCUCCGUGGAGGCCUGCAUUAAGGUGCUCUCGGACGUGGCGAAGAGCCGAGCCAUCGCCAUCCCAGUAGACCUGGACAGCCAGGUGAACAACCUGUUUGUCAAAUCCAACAACGUGGUGCAGAAGAGCAUCCUGAACUGGAGGCUGUCGGCCAAGAACACCAGCCGGAAAGACUCAGACCUGCCCUCCUCCAAGGAUUACCGCAAUAUCAUCGAGAGGCUGCAGGACAUAGUGUCGGCCCUGGAGGACCGCCUGAGGCCUCUGGUGCAGGCGGAGCUGUCAGUGCUGGUGGACGUCCUUCACCGGCCCGAGCUGCUCUUCCCUGAGAACACAGAGGCCCGCAAGAAGUGUGAGAGUGGAGGAUUCAUCUCAAAGCUGAUCAAGCACACCAAGCAGCUGCUGGAGGAGAACGAGGAGCGUUUGUGCAUCAAAGUCCUGCAGACCCUCCGGGAGAUGAUGACCAAGGACCGGGGUUACGGGGAGAAGGGCGAGGCCCUACGGCAGAUCCUGGUCAACAGAUACUAUGGGAAUCUCAAGCCCAGCGGGAGGAGAGACAGCGUCACCACCUUCUCCCCCAGCCCCCUGAGUCCUACAGCGCAAGGAAAGCCCACUACAGUGGUGAGCUCCGGGGUCGGAGGUCGUGCAGAGCUGAGUCUGGCGGAGGUCCAGUGUCAUCUGGACAGGGAGGGCGCCUCAGACCUGGUCAUCGACCUCAUCAUGAACGCCACCAGCGACCGCAUCUUCCAGGAGAGCAUCCUAUUGGCCAUCGCCCUGCUGGAGGGGGGCAACACCGUCAUACAGAGGUCCUUCUUUGCACGGCUGACGGGCGAUAACAAGUCUGAGAAGUUCUUCAAGGUGUUCUACGAGCGCAUGAAGCUGGCGCAGCAGGAGAUCAAGGCCACGGUGACGGUGAACACCAGCGACCUGGGCAGCAAGAAGAAGGAGGAGGAGCCACCCGACAAGGACGCCGUAGCACGCAAGAAAGCUAAAGACGCUCCGGGGCUGGUUGCUGCGGCGGCGACAGUGCCGGCGAACACGGUGGUGGUGGUGGCGGUGGCGAGCGAGGACAUCAAGGAGCAGCUGGUGGAGGCCACACUGACCACCAAGAAGGCCUUCACCACGUACCGGCGCGAGGCGGAGGCGGAGGAGCAGCAGGCGGCGGCGGAGGGCGCGGCGGCGGCGGCAGCGCCGGCCGGCGACAAGGGCCAGGAGGAGGGCGAGAUGAGCGUCAUCAUCACCAUCAUGCAGCCCAUCCUGCGCCUCAUGCAGCUGCUCUGCGAGAACCACAACCGGGAGCUGCAGAAUUUCCUCCGCAACCAGAACAACAAGAACAACUACAACCUGGUGUGCGAGACGCUGCAGUUCCUGGACUGCAUCUGCGGCAGCACCACGGGGGGGCUGGGCCUGCUGGGCCUCUACAUCAACGAGAAGAACGUGGGCCUCAUCAACCAGACGCUGGAGAGCCUCACCGAGUACUGCCAGGGCCCCUGCCACGAGAACCAGAACUGCAUCGCCACCCACGAAUGCAACGGCAUCGACAUCAUCAUCGCCCUCAUCCUCAACGACAUCAACCCGCUGGGCAAGAAGAGGAUGGACCUGGUCCUGGAGCUGAAGAACAACGCCUCCAAGCUGCUCCUGGCCAUCAUGGAGAGCCGCCACGACAGUGAGAACGCCGAGAGGAUCCUCUACAACAUGAGGCCCAAAGAGCUGGUGGAGGUGAUCAAGAAGGCCUACAUGCAGGGGGAGAUCGAGGUACUCCCUGAGGAGGGGGAGGAGGGGGAGGACGAGCACUCGGCAUCCCCGCGCAACGUGGGCCACAACAUCUACAUCCUGGCACAUCAAUUGGCUCGCCACAACAAGGAGCUCCAGGCUAUGCUGAAACCCGGGGGCACCUACGGGGAGGGGGAUGAGGCCCUGGAGUUCUACGCCAAGCACACGGCGCAGAUCGAGAUCGUGCGGCUGGACCGCACCAUGGAGCAGAUAGUGUUCCCCGUGCCCAACAUCUGUGAAUUCCUGACGACGGAGUCCAAGCUGCGCGUGUACUACACCACCGAGCGCGACGAGCAGGGUAGUAAGAUUAAUGACUUCUUCCUGCGCUCGGAGGACCUCUUCAACGAGAUGAACUGGCAGAAGAAGCUGCGAGGUACUCAGGAGGUGGCUGGCGACGACAACACGGUCCCCUCCCAGCCCAUCCUGUACUGGUGCUCCAGGAACAUGUCCUUCUGGAGCAGCAUCUCCUUCAACCUGGCGGUGCUCAUGAACCUGCUGGUGGCCUUCUUCUACCCCCUGGAGGGCAUCCGCCGAGGUACCCUUGACCCCCACCUCUCUGCCCUGCUGUGGACGGCCAUGCUGGUUUCCCUGGCUAUUGUCAUCAUCCUGCCCCAGCCUCACGGCAUCCGGGCCUUCAUAGCCUCCACCAUCCUCAGGCUCAUCUUCUCCGUGGGCCUGGAGCCCACGCUGUACCUCCUUGGAGCCUUCAAUGUCUGCAACAAGGUGAUCUUCCUGAUGAGCUUCGUGGGGAACCGGGGCACCUUCACGCGGGGCUACAAGGCCAUGAUCAUGGACGUGGAGUUCCUCUACCACCUGCUCUACCUCAUCAUCUGCAGCCUCGGCGUCUUCGUGCACGUCUUCUUCUACAGCCUGCUGCUCUUUGACCUGGUCUACCGGGAAGAGACCCUGCUCAAUGUCAUCAAGAGCGUGACCCGCAACGGGCGAUCCAUCGUCCUCACGGCCGUGCUGGCCCUCAUCCUCGUCUACCUCUUCUCGAUCGUGGGAUACAUCUUCUUCAAGGACGACUUCAUCCUUGCCGUGGACAGAAUACCCAACAAGACCCUCGAGCACGGGGCCAGCAUGGUGGGGGAGCUCUUCUCCGGGGGAGCUUGUCUGAAGGAAAACGGAGAGAACUGCUCAGCCGAAGCCUUGGUGGAUGCUGUUGUGGUGCCGCAGCCCUCGCCGCUGGUGAUCGAGGAUAAGGAGCGGGUGUGCGACUCGCUCAUCAUGUGCAUCGUGACCGUCCUGAGUCACGGCCUGAGGAGCGGCGGCGGCGUGGGGGACGUCCUGAGGAAGCCGUCCAAGGAGGAGCCUCUGUUCGCGGCCCGGGUCAUCUACGACCUGCUGUUCUUCUUCAUGGUCAUCAUCAUCGUCCUCAACCUCAUCUUCGGUGUCAUCAUCGACACCUUCGCUGACCUGAGGAGCGAGAAGCAGAAGAAGGAGGAGGUGCUGAAGACCACUUGUUUUAUUUGUGGUCUGGAGCGCGACAAGUUUGACAACAAGACAGUGACGUUUGAGGAGCACAUCAAGGUGGAGCACAACAUGUGGCACUACCUGUUCUUCAUCGUGCUGGUGAAGGUCAAGGACUCCACCGAGUACACCGGCCCCGAGAGCUACGUGGCGGAGAUGAUCAGGGACCACAACCUUGACUGGUUUCCCAGAAUGAGAGCCAUGUCUCUGGUGAGCAGCGAUGCGGAUGGUGAGCAGAAUGAAAUCCGAAAUCUGCAGGAGAAGCUGGAGUCCACUAUGAAGCUGGUGACCAACCUCUCGGGCCAAUUGACAGAGCUCAAAGAACAGAUGACAGAGCAACGGAAGCAAAAGCAGCGCAUCGGCCUAUUGGGCCAUCCGCAGCACAUGAAUGCCAACCCCCAGCAGCCCGCGUAGCGACCACUUGACCCAACACGACCACCCAGUGAGGGGGCGACUGCCGAUGGACUGCCGAGCCUCUGCUCUGGGUGUCUGUGCGGUGUGAUCCGCAUAGCUACAGCUAAUAAUGGUAUGAAACGUUUUAGAGAAACACAAGUAGGUUAGUUACGGUAUCAUGUCUUAUAAUGUCUAGCCCGUGCUCGUGGUGACUCCAUCCGGUACGACUCAGUAAGCCUAAUGUAUGUGGCCCUACGAGGGCCCGCGGUGCCAAGUGCUGUUCUAUGUAGAGACGAAUGGGAUUUUUGUUCGAUACAUGGCCUUUACUGAAUGAACUUGAACGACGGAGAAGCCGAAUGGACUGGAAAGUUACACGAAAAGUCCCAUUUCAAGCUUUUUUUUCUAACGGUUUAAGCAGUAUUUAUUAACUUUUCUUCUUUGUCUUUUGGUGCAAUACUCAAUCUUAUGCAACCUUCAUAUAUGUGGACUUGAGUCUUGAAUUGUUUUGUAAGGGUUGAGAGCUUGCACUCUUCUGUCGUGUCAUGUUUGUCUCAAAUAGCCCUCGGUAGGAGAUAUGUUGAAUUAAAUCCUAAUAUAGAAGUGAUAAUAAUAAUAUAAAUUAUAAUUAUAUGCCAGCCCAAUUUUUAUUAUUUUUAUUUCAAUUACAUUUAUUUAAUUUCUUUGCUGUGUAUAUUGCAAACAAUUCAAAGGCACUCAAGAUAGUUUACUGUGUCAUAUAUAUAUAUAUGAAAAAAAAACAUAUAUAUAUAUAUAUAUAUAUAUUUUUUUUAAUAUAUAUCUAUACCUUUGUUUGUCCAAUGCUGUCUUAUCUGAAAGCUUGUUUUAUGAUGAUCUUAUAUAUUUAUGUGUGUCAGUGCUGCUAAUACAUUAUGCUCAGGAGUUUACAGCUAAUAAUGAAUCAUUAGAAUAUGACCAAAAUGCGUCUCACAUUUUUUGUAUGUGCCUUUUUAUUAUUUUUCCCAUAACAGUGGAAAUGUAGUUUAUCUUGCAUAGAUGCAAAGUCUUAAUUAUCAAAAACUGUAUUUAAUAUGUUUUUGUUUAUUUAUUAGUUUAUUUAUUAAUUUACGGAAUUGCUUUAUGAGUGGGGCAGUAUUUUUGUAAGUGUACAUACAACCAUUGCUUAAACCAUUGCUUUUGUAUACUGUAAGUAGUACAUUUCCAGGAGAAUAAAAAAUGGAAAUAAAUGCAAAAAAAGCCACAAUAUUUCCAUUCUAAGCAGUGUCAAUUUGUACAUUAAAGUAGAAGUAUUUAUUUAAUUGUAUGCAACUAUCCUGUGCUUCUUGAGUUUGGGUUUGGCAUGCAUAGUGGAUCUAAAGAGUUAACUCAAAUGAUAAUGACGGUGUUUAAAAGCAUAACAACCACUUGAUAUCAGAGUUUCUGUUUCACAGUGAAAGGGUGGUAAUGACUUCACAUGUUUUCUUUCAGACGCGUUACUUUAGCCUACUUACUAAAUGCUGUUGGCCCACGCUUGUUGUCGGCAAGCAAUGUGAAACUGGGUAAACAAUAACAACCACGACAAAUAAUGAACUUAUCUAUGUUUGGUUAAAACGUGAGUUACAACGACUAGUUUUAAAAGGCUCGGGAUAUUGUUUACAUUUUAAAUAAGAGUUAACCUAUGCAAAAAGAAGCAAUAGACAAGAGGUACAAAAAAAGUUGUCUAAAUAUGAAGCCUAAAAUAUAGCCUAAAAGUAAUUCCAUCUGUCCUUAUACGGCCUGAUUUUUUUUUUUUUUUGAUGUGCACGACAACUAU